AAUUCAAUCUACUACGGAGUAGACGAUUUGGUUGGCCGACAUUUUUCCACGUUUUUUAGUCGUAACGUUGGCGGUACUAGGUAGAGUAAAAUCCAAAAUGGCGUUAAUCGCUAAAGGGAAUAGCCGCAGUAAUUUGUUUAUUUUCUAAAAAUAUGUAGAAUAUCUACUUUUACAUGUGCAAAUGUGUAGUAAAAAUUUACAAAGUUAUGUUUUAAAUAUAAUCCACUUAUAUUGAACAUCAUUUUCACCGAUAGAGAAGGAUUCAAUUAUUGUUAUGAGAAUGCUGAAGUGCCGUAUUAUAUGAUUACUAGCCUAGUUUCAACAGUUUCAAUAAAUCAAUAAAAAGUAUGUCUGCACCACAGUCUGAAGCUCGACCAAGAGGAAGACCACCAAAAUUAAAAACUGUUUGUACUUGGUGUGGUGAGACAAAGUUGCCACUGAAAUAUGUUUUGCCAACGCAACAUGGCAAGAAAGAGUUCUGCUGUGAAACUUGCUUGGCAGAAUUUCGCAAAGCAUAUGUCCGAGGAGCUUGUGUACAGUGUGAUAACGUCAUAAGAGGGACACCAGUUAGACUGGAACAAAAAAAUGAACCUCCUAAAGAUUUUUGUUCCUCGGUAUGUUUAAAUAAGAAUCAAAGAAAAGAGGCUCAAGAAGAUACCAAAAAGGUCAGUGAUGAGCAGCCAUCGUUAGCAAACUCACCAGUGCCAAACUCUAAUAAACAAACAGUAGAAUAUUCAAAUAAGCCAGUAAACGUUAAUAAUUCUGCCUCAACGUCGAGUGGAACUUUUCAAUAUGAGACUUAUCCAACCUUUGACUGGAAUUCAUAUCUUAAGGAAACCAAUAGUAUAGCUGCGCCAAUCGAGUGUUUCAAACAACAUCCUGAACCACCUGUUAAUGAAUUUCAAAUAGGAAUGAAACUGGAAGCAUUGGAUCCACGCAAUGUUACAUCAACUUGCAUUGCCACAGUAGUAGGGAUUCAUGGGCCCAGACUCAAAAUUAGAUUAGAUGGUUCAGAUAACAAAAAUGACUUUUGGCGUUUAGUAGAUAGUAAUGAAAUUAAUCCAAUUGGUCAUUGCGAAAAAUCUGGUGGCAUGUUGCAGCCUCCACUUGGUUUUCGCAUGAAUGCCUCUGGUUGGCCACAGUUUUUAUUAAAGACUUUAAAUGGAGCAGAAAUGGCACCAUCAAAAAUUUUCAAACAUGAACCUAAAAAACCUCGGAGUAAUAUGUUUGAAGUUGGACAAAAAUUGGAAGCUGUUGAUAAGAAAAAUCCUCAACUUAUAUGCACAGCAACGAUUGGAGCUGUAAAAGAUGACAUGAUACAUAUAACUUUUGAUGGAUGGAAAGGUGCGUUUGAUUAUUGGUGUAGAUAUGAUUCAAGAGACAUUUUUCCUGUAGGAUGGUGUUCAAAAAGUGGACAUCCAUUACAGCCACCUAGACAGAAAACAACAGGACCCAAUCGCUUUAAAUCUAGAACAAGUAAUGUACUCCCAGUUAUGGGUUUAUCUGGAAGUGGCACUGGAAGAGAACCAGCUGUAGCAUUAACAAGUCCAGCAGGUUCAAGUGCACCACCCCAACCGGCAACAGAGCCUGAUACCAGUACAACUAGUAGUAAAACAAUAUCUAUUGAUAAUAUUAAUUUUUAUGUUAAUCAUAGCUGUUCGUGUGGUCCUUACUUUGACCCAAGAAAAAUCAAAGCUUUACCAGCUCAGUUUGGUGGUCAACCUAAGUCAGUCAUUAAGGAUGUUUUUCAAGCAUUUUUAAUGGCAGCAAUAAGCCCUAGACAAAUAUUAAGUUUAUUUAAACGAGGCGAAGGUGAGAGUAUUUCUUUGAUAAUUGAAAGUAAACCAACUACAGUUAUAUUACCUGUGUUUAUGGAAGAAGAUGAUGUGUAUGUGUAUAUGAAACGGCAACUAGAAGAUUUAUGUGCAUGUGAGCAUAUGAUAUUCAGAAGGAAAGAAGUAUGUAAAAAGUGCCCCGUUGAGCAACAAAAUCAUAAUGUCAGAGAAGAACUGACUAACGGAACGGGAGAGAAAAGAAAGUGGUCUACUGAUAAACAGGAGAGUACAGCAAGCAUACAACAAACACAAGUACAAAAAACUACCGAGCCAACUGCAAGUCAUCACACUGUAUCUGAAGUUCCACCGGCAAAACAACAGAAGAAAGCUGAAACAGAGUUUCAAGCAGCGACUUCUACUACACAAAAUGAGAAUCCUAUACAGCGAGUUCAGACAAUAGAACCUGCUGAAUGGACAAUCGAAGAUGUGAUACAAUACAUAGCAAUGACAGAUCCAGCAUUAGAACUACAUGCUGAUCUUUUCAGAAAACAUGAAAUUGAUGGGAAGGCCUUGUUACUUUUAAAUUCUGAUAUGAUGAUGAAGUACAUGGGAUUAAAACUUGGUCCAGCACUGAAAAUCUGUAAUUUGGUUACUCGUAUCAAGGGUAGACGGCAUUUUUCACUGUGAUUAUUUUAUUCGCACAAAAAGCUGUAAAUUUACAUGCAUCCGCAUAGUUCUAUGCAUAGUACCAUAAUUUGUUUAUUUUAUUUGUUAAAUUGUACCUAUGUACCUCAGAGAAACAUUUACAGUAAAAGUGACGACUACAUAUUAACGUUUUUUACGUGCUUAACAAUAAUUAAAAAUAUAAGCUUUAUACUGUAGGUUUGUUAUCAAAUCUCGUAGGCAGAAAAUUACGCCUAAAUUAUUAUAAAUUUCAAAUCAGUUUUUGAAUAUUACAUCUCGAUAAUAUUCAUGAAAUGAAACUAAUUGUCGAAGUAGAUGUUAAACAAAUAACUGAGAUGUGAUUUUCAAUUUGUUUUACUGUAUAUGUUUCUUAUUCUUAUUAAAAAUAGUUUUUAAAGUUAUUGAAUAUAGUUCACUAACUUUCAAAACUCAUUACAACUUAAAUUUGUAUAUAAAGAUCGUAUACUUGUAAAAUUCAUUCAAUUUUUUUUAUUAUUAGAACAUAUUGAAAUGAAUAAUCUCAAUGAUUGAAAAACCGUGGAAAUAGAUGACACCGAUUUUCACGUAAUUUUCAAAUUAAAAAGCAAAAAACAGAACGAAUUCAAAUUGAAAUAAAAGUAAAAAGUAAACCACAAUUGGUUUUUGCAAACAGUUGAUUGUGAGCCUAACUUUGGGAAUGGAAAAAAAUGUAGUAAUGAUACAUUACUCAGUCUCACUCCAAAGAAGUUUCGAUUGUGUUGAUAAUAUUUCAAUUUUUUUAAAAGACAAUAGCCAAUAGCCAUGAGAGAAACCACAUGAUAUUUAAUGCAGUAAGAAUUAGAAUAGAAAUUUUUUAUAGCUGAAAUUUUUCAAUUUUAAAGAAAGUUAUUUAUUGUUUUUUAUUUGAAAUGAUUGCAGUUUGCUAUAUGCAUGUUCUAAUCUUACUUUGUAAAAAUAUCAACUGUGAUUCUUAAAAUUUUAAGAUGGCUCAGGAGAUUGGCUGAAAAAAUCUUGUAAUUAUUGUAAAAUGAUGUGACAUGAUUAAAAAUUAAUCAUUUACUAAUUUAGAGGAAAGGUAAUGUUAAAUGAACAUUAUUUUGUGCGUUGUAUACUAAGUUAGAUUUAAUGAACUUUGUCUAUUUACUUUGUUUAAUCUGUAGUAUAGAUAUAAAAUGUCGACUUCUAUAAAACAAAAAAAGUUAAAAAAAAAAUAGUUGUGAAACAGCUUCCCCUUGAGUUCUGUCUACCACAAAUAUUAAAAAUAAAAGCCUAAAAAAUUUAUUCACGUGAAUAUCGUACUAUCAUGCGUAAUAAAUUCCAUUUGUAAUAAAUGAUUAUCGUAUAAUUUAUUACAUCAAAACCCUAUAAACACGAGCCUUGCAUAACUUUGUUUCAUUUUUUUUUAUUUUUAAAGUAUUAAUGAUCGAAUACCAUUCUAUUAUUAUAGAGCUUUUAUUAUCAUUGAAUUAAUUAAUUUUUUAUGUAAUUCACAAAUGCUACGCUAAAAAUUUUCAGAUUAAUAAAGUGUUAUACAAAAAUAAUGGUAUAAAUGAUGAGUUUAAACGAACGAAAAGGAAGCGCCACUUCACCUUUCGUCUCGCGGUCUCGGGCAUUUCGCUGGAACGAUGGAAGCGCCAAAGCCAAGCAGAACAAGCUUCCCAGAUAACACAGGGGGCCUAUUCUGAAAAAAAAUUUUGUGGUAAAUCAGUUUGUCACUUCAGUUUACCACAGAAUUAAUCACUUUAGAUGUGAUAAAUGCUUAUGACAUGUGCUAAAAUUUUUUUUCAGAAUAGGCCCCGUGCUAACAUUUUUUUUCAGAAUAGGCCCCCAGCGUGCUGUCAUAAUGCAAGCAUAGUGCGAGCACGAAAAGCUACGCAAGCCAUGCCGUCAGAAUGCAGGCAUAAUGCUGUCAUUUUGCCGCCCCGCGAAAUAUAAUUUCAAAUGAAAGCAUAUUGUACGCAUUAUGAAAGUACGGCGUGCAUUGAAUUGAAAUAAAAUAAAUUUAUAUUAUUUUGUAUUUGAGAUGCAAUAAA